AUGGGUAAAAUGCAGCACAUUGUCGCCUACAUAAGUGGUGGCGCGAACGGUAUCGGAAAGGCUAUCGCCGAGAAAAUUCUUUCUCAAGGUGGCAAAGUGGUGUUAGCCGAUAUAUCUUGCAAUGGAGUUAAAGUUGCGGAGAAAAUGGGCGAGAAAGCUUUAUUUUCGUGUACCGACGUUAGAAACGAGAAAGACGUGCAGGAAAGCAUAAAAUGCGCGAAAGAUAAAUUCGGCGGGGUGAACGUGCUAAUUAACGCCGCGGCUGUUCUUGGGGCCGAAUCGUUGUACGAUUUCAAGAACAAAAAGCCCCAUUCGGUCGACCUGUACAGGUGCCUAUUCGAUACCAACGUCUGGGGUGUAUUUAACGUGACGCGUUUAAUGGUCGGCAUGAUGGCGGAAAACAAACCAGAUGCGCAUCGACACAGAGGCGUUAUUAUCAAUCUUUCAAACGCGAUGGCGACCGACUCGCCACCAGGAUAUGUCGCCUACGGUGCCACAGGCGCAGCGGUCGCUGGAAUGACGAUACCUUUCGCCAGAGGACUCGCACAAAGAGGAAUACGUGUCGUUGGUAUAUGCCCCGGUUUCAUUGACAGCCCCAUGACAGCCGCGAUGAAACCGGAAGAGAAGAAAUGUUGCAUCGAAAUGAAACUGACACCAAGACGUUUCGGUAGUUGCGAAGAAGUCGCCCAUUUGAUCCAAGCUUGCAUCGAGAAUCCAUUGAUCAACGGUGAGAAUAUCCGUAUCGAUAUGGGCUUCAGAUACAACCAAAUACCUGACGGCCAGCAGGAAAAUUCGAAGUGUUAG